AUGUCGUCUCCAGGCCAGCCUUCGCGCGUCACCAAGUGGUGGCCCAUCAGCUUCUUCAUCGCCGCCAUCGUCUGCUUCAUCAUCGGUGGCGCUCUGAUAGGAGUAUGGACUUCCAACUCCAUCGAUGACUGCUCCUACAGCUCUUACUCGUCCUACUAUUAUUCCGACUACUCAUGUGUUCAGACGGACAUGGGCGAGUUCUGGGGCGGCGUCGCUAUGUUCGUCAUCGGCGGUGUUUGCAAGCUCAUUGCUUGGGUUCUCCUCAUUAUCUUCUGCGUCAAGCGCAGCCGCAACAACCACACCACCGUCACAUACCAGCAGCAGCAGUUCCAACAGCCUUACGCUGCUCCCCAGCCAGUCUACGCUCCCUCCCAGCAGAGUGCCCAGUUUCCUCGCUCCCCCGCCUCGCCCGGCCCUAUGUACCCAGAGAUGGCCAACACUCCUCUCGCCGGUACUCCUCCACCCAAGGAGGCUAAUGCCACUGCCACUGCGUUCAAGUACUGCAGUCAGUGCGGAACUGCUGUUUCCAGCCGCUUCUGCCCUCAGUGUGGAUCUCAGGCAUAG